AUGCCGGGCAGAAUUCUCUCCAGCCUCGUGCGGUCUACUGCACACCCUCCAUACCUCAGUCUACCGCACGAGCACAGCGAUCGCCAUGCUGCUAGAUCGGCCUCAUCACCACCUUCACGGAAAAGCGAGAUCUUCUCAAGCAACCGUUCUGGACAUGAUACCCAUGCACCGGAGCAACCUGAACGCCGUCUUUCUUUUUCCUUAGAUCAUCUGAUCCAUCCACAUCACAAUCGGGAUCGGGAUCGGGGUCGUAAGGAGAAGCGACGGAGUUGGAUACUUCUGCGUUCUGGCGAAAAAUCAACGGAUAACCACGAUGCUCUCACUGCCCCUGGUGCGAGCUUGGACCUUGUUAUUGAAUCCCCACCGUUGGUUCUAUACGGUUCUCCCAGUCGAUCUACGGGUGCAUUGAUGUCCGGUCGUCUACUGCUUUCCGUGUUUGAUUCUCAAGGGGAAAUCAUCCUCAAAACCUUACGCAUGCAACUUACCUGCACAGCUACUACCAAUAAACCCGUAUCUAAAGACUGUCCGGCCUGCAAAUCACGCACGAAUGUGUUGUACAAGUGGGAGUUUUUGACGGAGCCUUGCCAUCUGAAGACCGGCAAUCAUGAUUUCCCAUUUAGUCACUUGUUUCCUGGCAAUUUGCAGGCAACAACUCAUGCGGCGUUGGGUUCGGUUUCCUACAACCUUUCCGCGUAUGCAGUCACCGCAGCUGGCGAGGACCUACACCUUCAAGUGCCCGUAAACAUAAAACGAGCAAUCAUGCCGGGCCCUGACAAAACUUCAAUGCGCAUUUUCCCUCCAACCAACCUAGUAGGCAGGGCCAUCGUUCCUCCAGUAAUACACCCAAUCGGUAACUUUCCCAUUCGGUUUAGUCUUCGUGGUGUCGUGGAGAAAAGGGAACACGGUAGCGUCAGAUGGCGCUUGCGGAAAAUGAUGUGGCGGAUAGAGGAGCAGCAGACGAUAAUAUCUUCUGCUUGUUGUCAACACCACCAGAAAGUACCUGAUGGAAAGGGCAUUUUGCACCAAAUGAGACGGAUAAUUGGCAACGGCGAACAGAAAAACGGGUGGAAGACGGAUUUUGAUACGGUUGGUGGAGAGAUAAAUAUUGAGUUUGAAGCCCACAUCACGCCAGGAUCGAACCCCACGUGCAACCUCGCCCCUACCCCUGAUGGAGGCUUGGAAAUCAAACACGAUCUCGUGGUGGAACAGAUUGUCGCAGAAGAGUAUUGUCCCAAUAGCAACGUCAAUAUCAUCACCCCAACUGGCUCAGCACGAGUUUUGCGCAUGGUGUUCCAGCUCCAUGUCACGGAAUGCGCUGGGUUAGGAAUUAGUUGGGAUGAAGAGAUGCCACCUGUGUACACCGACGUACCUGCCAGCCCCCCGGGUUAUGUUACCUCAGACAAAUCUGAAGUUUCGGUGGAGACUUACUCUGCCCCCCCUUCCCCUCGCCGGACCAUGAGGAACUAG